AUGGAAAACACAAGAUCCACAACCCUUACACUGGAGGGAGACGGCGCGGCUUCGGCUGCACCGGGUACCUCCCAACUACACAACACAACACAAGGAGAUGGGGCGGUCUCGACAGCCCCUCCCUCCUCAACACGCGCCUAUAGGGAGGCUCACGCAACCCAAAUAGGCGCCUCCACACACGGCGAUGGGACUGUUCCUACAGCACCGCCACACAAUACACACCAGGAGGGCGCUACUUCGGCAGCAGCCCCACACACUACACACCGUGGCGGCGCCGCCCCGGCACAGCCGCCACACAAGGGACAGUCCGCACCGGGUGGGAGGGCCUCUGGGAAACCAAAGACCCCCCCCGCCUGCUGCAGCUCCGGCCAGGCCGAAGAAGCUCAGCAGGAAACAGCGGCGGAGACUGAAACAAGGCCUUACGGCCCAAAACGCCCCAGCGCCACAGCAAAGCGCCCCUGGGGAAGAAACGAGCCCAAGAGGCAGAGGACCGGACCAGGCGGAGUAACCCCCCGAGCUGAUUACGCCGAGGCAGUGAAGGCCGACCUGCUGGUGGCGGUGACUAACGCCACCACGGGACACCUGAGCCAAGAGCAGUCGGAUGAGGUCCAAAAACAGCUCCUAGGCCUAAUGUCUAUGGAGGCUAGACAGCCGACAGAAAACCUGCCCGCGGGCCCAAUCUUCAGGGGCAAGCCGACCUACGGCGAUGGAUCCCUAAGGUUGUGGUGCGAGGACCAGGCUACACUGGAUUGGCUGAGGCGCAGCGCGGCCACCAUCACCCUCGACGACGGGGUGAAAGUGGUAAUUAAGCGCCAGAGCGACAUACCCAAACGUGUACGCUGCGGCAUUCUGUUCCCGGGCGUCUAUGAUGACUUCGGUGAGGUAGGCCGAUUCCUACGCUAUCAGAACCCGUGGGCAGAAGUAGACCGCUGGCUUCUCAACCGGCGAGAGGUGCAGGGGACGGAAACGUUCGCUGUCGUCAGUGUGCCGGAGACAGUCGUACAGCCCCUGGUGGAACACGGGCGCCGGCUCGGCUUUAUGCUGGGGUCGGUGUACGUGAAGUUCCAAGGACCACGGGGUAAAUUCGGGGAGCAACCGCCCUCUAAAACCAUCGCCGUCACCAGCGGCGAAGAUACCACACCCGCCGAGCCAAUGGACAUCGCCAAGCCAGUACCCGAGGACGUAGUCCCGGUACAAGAGAUGAAGAGUCCGGCGCGUUCCCCAGCGGUCUCGGAGGAGGGCGAGGAAGGAGGAGAACCGGUGUCGGGGGAGGAACCGAUGUCGGAGGGGAGGGUGAACCGGCCCACGGAGCCCCCUUCGAUAAGUGGUAAAUUCCUCCAAGCCAACCUCCACCACAGCGAAACGGCAACGGCUCAGAUCCGGAAGUGGUUGGAGGACAACACUACAGCCGUAAUUCUGAUCCAGGAGCCGUGGGUCAGAAGAGGCACCGUCUGCGGUCUCCGCAACCUAGGAGACCUGUGCGCCAUAAAGCUGCACGGGGCGCAAAACUCCAGCCUGAAGGAGAUGGUCGUGGCCUCCGUGUACAUGCCGGAAGCGGAUGACCCACCACCACACGACCUGACAAGGCUAGUCAAUUACUGUGAAGAGGAGGGGCUAGAGCUCAUCGUGGCAACCGACUCUAACGCACACCACCCCCUAUGGGGCAUGACAACAGGUAAUGAAAGAGGUAAGAAACUUGUCGAGUACCUGUUCACUACAAAUCUCAAUAUUCUCAACACAGGUUCAGAACCUACAUUCGUCAAUAAACGAAGCAGGACAAUUAUUGACCUGACACUGGCGACUGAAGAAGCAUCGAAAUUCAUCGCGGGCUGGCAUGUGUCAAAGGAGAUGUCUUGCUCGGACCACAGGUGGAUUCGAUUUGAUAUUCAGGUAGAGACAAUCACAACAGUGCCUAGAAGGAAUCCACGGAAGACGAACCGUGAACUCUACACACUGCGCCUGAGCACAGCUCUGGCGCAGCAGGGAGAUACCCACAAAAUAGAGGGCACUGCGGUGAUAGAAGAACAGGUAAGCAUUUUCACGAACACAAUUCUGGAAUGCUAUCAUCAAACAUGUCCCCUAUCCACCCCACCGGCAACUAAAAGGAACAAAAACAAGAACAACUGGUGGGGGCCUGAACUGGAGAGACUCAGGGGUAAGAUGAGGAGGCAAUACAACAGAGCUAUGAACACGUGCAAUGACGAGGACUGGGAUAACUACAGGUCCACGAAAGCCACGUACAAAAAACGCCUCAGAUACAGAAGCACCAACUCGUGGCGUAAGUUCUGUACAGAAAUCGAGAGCACAAUGCAGGCUAACAGGGUAAGGAAGGUCCUCUCCAAUAACUCCGCCAUAACCUUAGGAUCCCUGCGAAAGCCGGACAACUCCCUCACCACCUCGCCUGAAGAAGCGGAACUAGUUCUAGUGCGCACACACUUCCCGGAUUGUGUGAUCUCGCACAUGACUAGUUGGGAUGAGGUUGAGACCACUCCGACGGAGGACGAGUGGCAACAGACUGACGAGGUAAUAAACCCGCAACGCACGCAAUGGGCCAUUAACAGCUUUGACUCCUUCAAAUCACCGGGUAAGGACGAGAUCUUCCCUGCUCUGCUUAAGUGGGGCGGGGAAGCACUCACUAUAAAGCUAACCAACAUCCUACGCGCCUGCUUGGCCCACACGUACGUGCCGAAACAAUGGAGAGAGGUCAAAGUCAUCUUCAUACCAAAACCAGGUAAAAGCGACUACUCGGAUCCGAAAGCAUUUAGGCCCAUCAGCCUAACCUCUUUUUUGCUGAAAACACUGGAGAGGUUGUGCGACAGGUAUCUGAGAGAGAGGGUGCUAAACAUCGUGCCCCUUCACCCUAAUCAACAUGCCUACAGCCCUGGCAAAUCUACGGAAUCAGCACUCCACGCAGUGGUGAGCAAGAUUGAAGUAGCGAUCAAAAGCAGGUCCAUGUGCCUAGGAACCUUCAUAGACAUAGAAGGGGCCUUCGACAAGACCAGAUUCAGCAGCAUAACUGCAGCACUAGUGAGACAUGGAGUAAGUACAAUCCUGACCACAUGGAUAAAUAACAUGCUGAGCCAAAGGGUCAUCACACUCGGGACAGGCGAGGCACAACAAGCACUAGUGGCAAAAGGAUGCCCUCAAGGUGGCGUCCUCUCACCACUGUUAUGGAAUCUAGUGGUGAACGACCUGAUCUCCACACUAAACAACAAUCACUACUACACGAUCGGCUACGCUGACGACAUAGUGAUACUAACGAGCGGCAACCACACAGGUACAGUAUGUGAUGUCACACGCUCCGCACUUGCCAUCGUGGAACGCUGGUGCGCCGACAACGAACUCACCGUCAAUCCUAACAAGACUGAGCUGGUAAUGUUCACCAACAAACGCAACUUGGGGAACUUUCGCCUUCCCAGGCUGUUCAAUACAGAACUCCAAUUAUCAACAGAGGUAAAGUAUCUAGGGGUAUUACUUGACAAUAAACUAAAUUGGAGUAACCACCUAAACAGUAAGAUAGAAAAAGCUACAGUCGUAUUCUGGCAAUGCCGUAGAAUGGUAGGCAGAACCUGGGGACUAACCCCUAAAAUAACUCUAUGGCUUUACCAGGCAGUAAUCCGACCAAUAAUAAGCUACGGUGCUAUAGUAUGGUGGCCACGCACCAAUUUAUCCACUGUUGAAGCUAAACUACAACGACUUCAGAGGUUGGCCUGUAUGGCGACCACGGGCUGCAUGAGAACCACUCCAACCGCGGCCUUGGAAGCCAUCCUAGGCCUGCCGCCGCUGCACCUCCACAUACAACAAGAAGCGCUAGCUGCGGCGGUACGUCUAAAAAAGUCCAAUCUCUGGAGACCACCUAGGGUACCUCACACCGAAAUCCUCUAUGAGGCGAUAGGUAAGGCACCGCUAAUAGAGGCGGUAACCGAUAAGAUACCGAAGCAAUUCGUCUUCGACAAGAAAUACAAAAUACAAUUACACGAAGAACCCCGUGAAGGACUUAACCCAAGGGAGCUGAGAAUCUUCACGGAUGGAUCAAAAACAAGGUCAGGCACUGGCUCUGGGGUAUUCUCAGAGGACCUCAACAUACACAUCUCGACACCACUAGGUGCCCACAACACAGUCUUCCAGGCAGAAUGUAUGGGCAUCAUAAUGGCAGCACAUGCGAUCGUCUCAAGGGAGGUACGUGACUACCCCAUCCGUAUACUCUCCGAUAGUAGGUCAGUACUACAAGCUCUACAAAGUUAUACCUUUACUUCAGGGCUAAUCUACGAAUGUCACAGAACUCUGACAGAGGUAUGCACCACCAACAGCGUAACUCUUCAGUGGAUUAAAGGACACAGCAACUCGCGAGGUAACGAUGGAGCCGACAUCCUAGCGCGUAGAGGCUCCGAAAUGAAGGUGGCAGGACCGGAGCCCAUACUACCAUUACCUUAUGCUUGGCUUCGAAACAUGCUGCGUUACAACACCAAGGUAAAACACCAACAAUACUGGUCUAACCUAGGCACCUGCAGACAGGCAAAGGAAGCACUCCCGACAAUCACCCCCGGAUUGUCAAAAAAGGUGAGGCAACUAAAAAGGCCACAGCUCCGACUUUUAGUGGGGGCCAUAACUGGCCAUGCCCCUUUCAACAAACACUUAUUCACCCUGGGUGUUACAGACAGCCCCUCUGCAGAGCGUGCACGGAGGCAGAGGAAACAGCCGCUCACGUCAUUCUCGAAUGUCCAGGGGUGGCAGAAUACCGGGCACAACACCUCGGGUCGCCGGGGUGUCUCCCAGAAGUCGUCGGCAACAUAAAGGGUCUGCUAGGCUUUCUGGUAGAGCUGGGUUGGCAGGAAUAGUGCCGCAACCCAUCACGCAAAAUAGGCGCAAAUUAUGACGUCGAGUUGCGGAAACCGAGCCCGCGUAUACCUAUAA